CCCCGCCCCCUUUGCUAUUUCUGGACAGGCAUAUUCCAGACAGCUCGCCCGGCUCCUUAGAUUACUGUGCGGCCGCUGGGGUCCUGAGCGGGGAGAACCUGAAGCGCGCUGGCCAAGCAGAAGGGCUCGGACUUCGAAGAAAUAUCAGGGCGUGCUGGGUUUUUUUUUUUUUUUUCUCGUUCCGGCCCGGGUGGUGCAGAGGGAGGAAGUGGAGGCUGGCAUCCCGGCCACACUGGAGGCAGCGCGAAGGCCCCCUCAGGCGGCGCCGAGGACAGCCCCGCAGCCGGGGCCUGGUGCAGCCGCCGCGGCCGCUGUCAGGGAAGCGCAGGCGGCCAAUGGAGCCCGGGAGCGGCCGCUGCUGCUGAGGCAGCGGUGUCUGCAGCCCGACCCCGACCGCCCGCACCCCCUCCGCAGGGCUCCCCCGGAGCUUGGAAGCUCGAGGUCUGGCUGUGGCAAUGGGAGACACAGUUGUGGAGUCUGCGCCCCUGAAGCCAGCUUCUGAGCCUGCUUCCGGCUCACCAGGGAGUAAUGGGGGCUCCCUGCUAAGUGUCAUCACGGAGGGGGUUGGGGAGCUGUCAGUGAUUGACCCCGAGGUGGCCCAGAAGGCCUGCCAGGAGGUGCUAGAGAAAGUCAAGCUCCUACACGGAGGCGUGGCCGUCUCAAGCAGGGACACCCCACUGGAGCUGGUCAACGGGGAUGGUGUGGGCACCGAGAUCCGGUGCCUGGAUGACCCACCUGCCCAGAUCAGGGAGGAGGAGGAGGAGCUGGAGGCUGCUGUGGCCUCAGGCACAGCCAAGGGAGCAAGGAGGAGGCGGCAGAACAACUCGGCCAAGCAGUCCUGGCUUCUAAGGCUGUUUGAGUCCAAACUCUUUGACAUCUCCAUGGCCAUCUCGUACCUGUACAACUCCAAGGAGCCAGGGGUACAGGCCUACAUUGGCAACCGACUCUUUUGCUUCCGGAACGAGGAUGUGGACUUCUAUCUGCCCCAGCUGCUAAACAUGUACAUCCACAUGGAUGAGGAUGUGGGAGAUGCCAUCAAGCCCUACAUUGUCCACCGCUGCCGCCAGAGCAUUAACUUUUCCCUCCAGUGUGCCCUGCUGCUUGGGGCCUACUCCUCUGACAUGCACAUUUCCACCCAACGACACUCCCGUGGGACUAAGCUCCGAAAGCUAAUCCUCUCCGAUGAGCUGAAGCCAGCUCACCGGAAGAGGGAGCUUCCCUCCUUGAGCCCAGCCCCUGACACGGGGCUGUCUCCCUCAAAAAGGACUCACCAGCGCUCCAAGUCAGAUGCCACCGCCAGCAUCAGCCUCAGCAGCAACCUGAAACGGACAGCCAGCAACCCAAAAGUGGAGAAUGAGGAUGAGGAGCUCUCCUCCAGCACCGAGAGUAUUGAUAAUUCAUUCAGUUCCCCCAUCAGACUGGCCCCCGAGCGUGAAUUCAUCAAGUCCCUGAUGGCUAUUGGCAAACGACUGGCGACGCUCCCCACCAAGGAACAGAAGACUCAGCGGCUGAUCUCAGAGCUCUCCCUGCUCAACCACAAGCUCCCUGCCCGGGUCUGGCUGCCUACUGCCAGUUUUGACCACCACGUGGUCCGUGUGCCUCACACCCAGGCUGUUGUCCUCAACUCCAAGGACAAGGCUCCCUACCUGAUCUAUGUGGAAGUCCUCGAAUGUGAAAACUUUGACACCACCAAUGUCCCUGCCCGGAUCCCUGAGAACCGAAUCCGGAGUACACGGUCUGUCGAGAACCUGCCGGAAUGUGGCAUCACCCAUGAGCAGCGGGCGGGCAGCUUCAGCACUGUGCCCAACUAUGACAAUGACGAUGAGGCCUGGUCCGUGGAUGACAUAGGCGAGCUGCAGGUGGAGCUCCCUGAAGUACACACCAACAGCUGUGACAACAUCUCCCAGUUCUCAGUGGACAGCAUCACCAGCCAGGAGAGCAAGGAACCUGUGUUCAUUGCUGCUGGGGACAUCCGACGGCGCCUUUCAGAGCAGUUGGCCCACACCCCCACCGCCUUCAAGCGAGACCCAGAAGACCCUUCUGCAGUUGCUCUCAAAGAGCCCUGGCAAGAGAAAGUGCGGCGGAUCCGAGAGGGCUCCCCCUAUGGCCAUCUCCCCAACUGGCGGCUCCUGUCAGUCAUUGUCAAGUGUGGGGAUGACCUCCGCCAGGAGCUGCUGGCCUUCCAGGUGUUGAAGCAACUGCAGGCUAUCUGGGAGCAGGAACGUGUGCCCCUGUGGAUCAAGCCGUACAAGAUUCUCGUGAUCUCGGCCGACAGUGGCAUGAUUGAGCCUGUGGUGAAUGCCGUGUCCAUCCACCAGGUGAAGAAGCAGUCACAGCUCUCUCUGCUCGAUUACUUCCUGCAGGAGCAUGGCAGCUACACCACUGAGGCGUUCCUCAGUGCCCAGCGGAACUUUGUGCAAAGUUGUGCUGGCUACUGCUUGGUCUGCUACUUGCUGCAAGUCAAGGACAGACACAACGGGAACAUCCUUUUGGACGCAGAAGGCCACAUCAUCCACAUCGACUUUGGCUUCAUCCUAUCCAGCUCACCUCGAAACCUGGGCUUUGAGACGUCAGCCUUUAAGCUGACCACAGAGUUUGUAGACGUGAUGGGUGGCCUGGAUGGUGACAUGUUCAACUACUACAAGAUGCUGAUGCUGCAGGGGCUGAUUGCAGCGCGAAAACACAUGGACAAGGUGGUGCAGAUCGUGGAGAUCAUGCAGCAAGGUUGUCGCUGUUGCUCAGGAGCGUCCCCGUCUGGCCCCGUGAUGACGGUGGCCCAGGUCAUCUGUUCCCAGCUGCCCUGCUUCCACGGCUCCAGCACCAUCCGCAACCUGAAGGAGCGCUUCCACAUGAGCAUGACGGAGGAACAGCUGCAGCUGCUGGUGGAGCAGAUGGUGGACGGCAGCAUGCGCUCCAUCACCACCAAGCUCUACGACGGCUUCCAGUACCUCACCAAUGGCAUCAUGUGACAGCCUCUUUCUCAGGCCCUGAAGUGGGGGGGGGUACUCAGGGACCCUUCCCAGGAGGACCCUGGUCAGAGAAACCCCAAACCAGGCAACCCCACCCACCCCCAUCCACCCACCCAAAGGAAAUGGAAGGCAAGAAAUACAAAGGAUCAUGUGGUAACUGUAGAGCUUGCCGGGCAGGGUGGGAGAGCCAGCCUUGGGGCCCAGCCUUCUGGGGCUGCCCUGGCCUGUCUGCGUCAGUAUUACCACCUAGCAGAGUCCAGAACUCGCCGCCCUCCAGAGAACAGAUGUGACACAUGUGUCGGGCACAGGGCCCUUCUGCUUGGCAGGGCUCAAGAGGCCCACUCUGCAGACCCUCCGCUCAUCUGUCCUGGAGCCAGGCAGGGGAGUGGGCCCUCAGUACUUGGGACUUGAUCCUGUGGUUGGCCAUUGACCAUGCUGCUGCCCAGUCGUGCCCCGGGCACUUGGCAGGUGGUCCCUGGCCCCCCAGCACAGGGUGAGGAAAGGAGCACCCCCCCCCAAAGGUGUCGGCCCAGCUAUGGGGAGUUCCUUGCCCCACCCCUCCCCCACACCCAGGGAAAUAGCUCUCAAUUUUUUAUUUUUAAUUUUUGUUUGAAAUAAAGUCCUUAGUUAGCCA